CUAGCCCGGUAAGGCGGUAACCCCUUGUAGUUGUAGCUUGUAGGAGAGGCUCCGCAGGACUGUUGACCAGAGGGGUUUCGUUUUGGCAGAACGCAGAAAGCAGAAGGUGACGGGCCUGGAGCAUCUUUCUUUGCUUCCUUCGAAAGCGGGACCAAAAUAGAAUUCGGGAGGAAGCGAGAACACAGCAAACGGGCCGAGCGAUGACCGAAGUUGAUGAGGAUUUGCUUCUCAAAAACUUCUUUGCCGAGGUUAGCGAAGUCGAAAGGGACAACGAGGUUAUCAGGAUCCUUUCAUGUUUCAAGUUAAAUGCAUUUGAGUUUCUUAACCUAUCUUUUGAUUCAGCACCAGAUGAUGUUAAAAAGCAAUAUCGAAAGUUGUCUUUGCUGGUUCACCCUGACAAGUGCAAACAUCCACAAGCAAAGGAGGCAUUUGCAGCAUUGGCAAAAGCUCAACAAUUAUUACUUGAUCCACAGGAAAGAGAGUAUCUUCUAAGCCAAGUAAACGCAGCGAAAGAGGAACUCAGAGCAAAGAGGAAGAAGCAGUUGAAGAAAGACACUGCAUCUAAGAUAAAAUCAUUGGUUGAUGAGGGAAAAUCUGAUAAGCAAUAUGAACAAUCAGAAGAGUUUCAGCAGCAACUAAAACAGAGAGUGCGAGAACUAUUAACAGAACAUGAGUGGCGUCGAAGAAAGAUGCAAAUGAGGAUAUCAGAAGAGGAAGGAAGAUUAAAGAAGGAAGAAGAAGAAGCCAAGGAAAUGUGGAAAAGGAAACGUGAACAUGAGGAGCAGUGGGAAGGCACACGAGAGCAGAGGGUUUCCAGUUGGAGAGAUUUCAUGAAGACAGGAAAGAAGGUUAAGAAAGGGGAAAUUCGGCCUCCAAAGCUCAAAACGGAAGACCCCAACAAAUCGUAUGUCCAGAGACCAGUGAAGCGAGGUUAAAUGACAAGAUCAGGUUGAUCGUUUUCUUGUGGUCAGACUUGGCAAUAUUUGGAGACCACAACUAUCUUGUGGAUGAAAAUUUGCAUCAACCACCGUCUAAGGGGUUUAUAUGAUUAUUAUUGUCAUCUAUACGUGCAACCUUCUUGUAGUCCCUUAAAGGGAUUAGUUUUUAAUUUUAAUGAGAUUGGCUCAGAGAUGGGAAUUAAUGUUGUAAUUCUUUCUUGUGUUGUAAUCGAAAUUACGUUAUUUGAUUAUUGUCA